CGACUGUUAUCCUAUUAAGUAUAAGAUCGAUAAGAGAGAACAUGUAUGUAUAUAAUAUUGUGAGAAUGUGAUAUUUCCGAUGUAAGAUUUUAACUUAUUUAAAUAUAAAAUAUAUACAUAUAUUUACAUAUUUAAAACACAAACACACACAUAUAUAUAUAUAUAUAUAAAACCUCGAGGAUCAAGUUAAAAUAAAUAAGUCACGAUACAACAUUGCUGUAUAUUUCGCAACAUGUGCUAAAAAUUGUUUUCAAAAUUGUUAUGUGCUAAGAAAGAGAGACCGCAUAAACCUCAUUAUCUCUGUUUGGUUAGAAAUUAAACCGGUCGAUUUUGAAAAUGGAAGCUAUAAUUAAUCGUAGUUUACGAUUAACUUCGAUUUUAGGAACCAAUUCAUCCUUUUUAAUUAACAAUGGCGUUUUGUCUGCACGUUGUUUAUGCUGUACCAAUCCAAAAUUUGGGAUACACGGUAACAACAAUGAAAACAAUGCUCGUUACAGGACUGCCUUACGUAAUUACUUUUUAUUUUCACAUAAUAACUUUGUAUGCCAGAGAACGUUUAAAGUUAACAAACAUGACAUUAUGCUGGCAUAUUCAAAUAAUCCUCAAAAUCAGCCUAAAGAAGAUAAUAUACCAUUACCCGAUAAAAAAUUAUCUAUAUUUCAAAGAAUGAAACAAUUAACCAAGGACUAUUGGUAUAUAUUAGUGCCUGUACACAUAGCGACUUCCAUAGGCUGGGUGGCAAUAUUUUAUAUGGCAGUUAAAAAUGGCGUAGAUAUAGUGACUAUGAUGGAACAUUUAAAUUUAAGUGAAAAAUAUUUAACCAUGUUACGCAGCUCUGGCGCUGGCAAUUGGGCUAUAGUAUAUGCUCUUUAUAAAAUAUUUACUCCUGCCAGAUAUGCAGUGACCAUAGGAGGAACAACUAUGUCUAUUAGAUAUCUUAAUAGAUUAGGAUAUCUCAAAGUAUCAUCUUUCAAAAAAGCAGCUACAAAUUCUGCGGACGAAACUCUACGUAGAACAGUCGGGAAAAUGUACGGCAAAGCACAAACCCGAAUUUAAAACUGAAAGACAAACAGAACCACCAAAAACAUAAUGUUAAUUAUUAUAAACGUGUACUUCGAUACACAUAUUAGAAAUUUUUUAUGUUUUGAAAUCUCUAUACGUGAAAUAUUAUUAAUGUAUAUUAUUUCUUGUAGAUGUGUAUCAUUAAUAAUGUUAUAAUAAAAUCUCGGAUAAAGACAUAUCGGGCACGUAUCUAUUAUUUCUGUCAGGUUCGCCUUUAUUGAACACGGUCGUCACAUCAUACACACCAUCUCGUACAUAUGUAUAUUUAAAUAAGAGAGAUUGUACUUUUAUCUACAGUACUCAUUACUUAAUUAACUAUUGUAAAUAUGUAAACUGAUAAUAUUAGCAAAUCUUGACAAAGAUCAAUCGUUUGUUUUUCUUUUUUGCUUUCUUUUUUGGCAGCUUAAAAAUUGUGCGCUUAAAUUCUAAUAUAAUAAA